AUGAAGCUUUUACAACUACCUACGCUUCUUGCGUUACUCAUUACAUUUUUUGCUAGAUUUUCUGCCGCUGCUGACUUUGACAAAAUAUUUAGGGACAGACCCCCAGUAGAGAAGAUUACAACAUCAUGUCAUCAAGCCAUCAUUGCAUUGGCAACUUUUUGUCUUAAUCCUAGGGAUACCACAUGCGUUUGUAGAAACGAUGCUUAUGCAGGUUCUUAUUUCAACUGUGUGUUCGACCAGAUAAAAGAUGACACGACAAAGGCUGCAUUCUUUGGUAUGAUGGAAGGAAUGUGUCAUUUUAAUGAAACAUAUGUGUUAGAUACUUAUCACAACGCUACUGCACACAUGGUAAAUGUCAGUACCGUGCCAAAUUACAACCGUACUAUUCCAAUCACAUAUCCAAUUUAUUACAGCCCAUUGAUCUACGUCGCCAAUUUCAAGUCAAUGGAAAACUUUUUCAACAGUUAUCAUCAUUCAUUUUAUUAUGGUGGAACAUUGACCGGAUACCUUGUAGGCAUUUUCUUUUUUGGUGGUAUUAUUCAUUGGUUUGGUGUCUUGUUUCCAAAGAAGACAGCUUCUAUCAAGAGACUAUUCCUCAAAGCAAGAUCCGUUCGCUUAUUCAAAAAGCAUGUCGUUGUACCCUCGUUAUUCAAUGGUACUCAUGCGGCCCCGGCUCCUAUAACCGGCGGUUUCUACCCUACAAGAGGUCAUUCGGUUCUAAUUGGUGGCUAUUUCAUUAUGUGGAUAGUAUUCCUUUGUAUCAGCUAUCGUUCGCAUGUCGUUGGUGACGUGGUUUACAGCACGCGCAGUAUUUAUUUGAGUCGUGUGAUUGCCGAUAGAGCUGGUAUCAUAUGUGUGUACCUCAUCAUCAUGACAUUCUUGCUGGCUGGUCGUAACAACUUAUUUAUCUGGUGGACUGGCUGGAAGCAAUCGACGUUCUUUGCUUAUCACAAGGCCGUGGCAAGAACAUGUGUCUUGAGUGCUGUCAUUCAUGCUUGCUGUUACGUUCACUAUUAUAAAUUGACACACGGCUACUCGGUGUAUGCUGUGAAACAGACAUUCUGGAAAUACGGAUCCGUUGCUGUUGUAGCAGGGGGUAUUAUGUUGUUGCAAGCCAACGGGAAACUAAGAGCGUUGAACUAUGAGGUGUUCCUAUACCUUCACAUUAUGCUGGCAAUAGCCUUCAUGGUCGGAGCAUGGCAUCAUGUGAAAGAUUUCGACUUUACUAUUUUCGUUUACUUUGCAACAGCCUUUUGGGCUUUCGACAGGUUUGUUAGAGUGGUUAGGAUCUUGAGUUUCGGUGUGAAGACUGCCCAAGUGAGACUAGUCCAUGACGAGGUGCUCGUGGUGACCAUGCCAAGAAACAAAUUCUGGCCCGUGUACCCCGGUGCGUUCGGAUACAUUUACUUUAUGAAAACCAGCUUAUUCUGGCAGUCGCAUCCAUUCUCGGUUGUCGAGAGCGAGGACGGGAAGAGCAUCAACCUGUACAUCAAGAUCAAAAAGGGAGCCACCUCCAUCAUCAUGAAGCAGAUGCAGAAGCAGGGCUGCGACAGUAUGGAAAUGAAGGUGCUCUUCGAGGGCCCUUACGGAUCAGAACACAAACUGGACCACUACGAUCAUGUGAUGGUAUACAGCAGCGGGAACGGUAUCCCCGGUGUGUACCCAUACAUCAUCAAGCUAUUGAAGGCCCCAGGCUCCGAGAAAAAGACCAUCAAGUUCAACUGGAUCAUCCAAACGAGAAAAGCCGUGGACUGGUUCCGCGAUGAGCUGGCGGCCUUGCAAAGGUUCAGCAACGUGGAAGUAGUCAUCCACGUGACCAGACAUAAUAAACCAACAAAUGCCUUCGAGUCAAGCGACAACGAAAAGAACAUCGGAAACGGCCAAGAGCCGCUGAUGGUCGAGCUCACCGACUCCUCCAACAUCUCAGACGAUUACGUCGUCAAGGAAAUGUCAAACAUCGAUUUCAAGUACGAAAGACCAUGUGUCGAUUUCAUCGUGAGAGAAGACCUGUCCUGUGUCCCCACGGGUGACGUCGCUGUGUUAAGUUGCUGCCAUGGAUCCAUCUGUGAUGCGGUCAGGGCUGCAACUGCAGACUUGUGCGGCUCCAGAUCCGCCGGAACGCUAGAUUACAUCGAGGAAUUGCAGGCAUGGUGA